GGUUUGCAACAACAUCGUUCCGAUCCGCUUGACUCUCCCUCAAUUUCUCUUGGUGCAAUUUGCAAAUCCCAUUCUUUUCCCUUCGAUCCCAAUUCAACCACAUUUAUGCUCCCAUUUCCAAAUCAUUUCCAUGUCAUCAUUUAUUUUGCUUUAAAUUUGUAGCAGUUCUAUUUAAUAGGGUAAAGCUUCUUCAUCCACCUUUCUACCUCACUCUCAUUCUGUUUUAGCAAAAAGAAAAAAGAAAAAAAAUGAAGAUCAUACCACAAUGGAGGGCCGAUCGACGCCCCAUUCGGACGGCCCGUUUCCUGCUAUGGUGGGGGCCCUCCAUUGCUAAUGCUCUCAUCUCUUCCCACACACAACACAACCUCUCUCUAUCCCGACCGAGAGAGAUGCUCCAUAGCUCUGUGGCGAUUACAUUUCCAAAAUUAACACGUUCUUCCCAAUCUACUUCCACUUCCGACUUCCAUCGCCCCUGCAUCGCCGAUUUCAAGAGGUUUAAGACGGAUGGCCACGCCCAAUUGCAAACCGCUCUUCACACCUACCACAACAAGUUCCCCUUCUCCAUUUUUCAACCCUUUCUCCGAGUUGAUUUGGUCUCCACGAUUCAUAUUGCUGAUAAGGAGUACUUUGCAAGCCUACAGAAAGAACUGGAGGGAUAUGAUUGUGUUCUUUAUGAGAUGAUUGCUAGCAGACGGAGGCUAAAAAACAGCCGUGGACCUGGGAAGAAACUUAAGAGCUCAAGCUCACGGGGAUUUAGCAUUAUUGGAUGCAUUCAACAACUAAUGGCCAAGUUGCUUGUGCUCGACUUUCAAUUAGAUUGUCUUGACUACAAGGCAGAUAACUGGUAUCAUGCUGAUCUUGACACUGAAACUUUUAAAUUGCUCCAGCUUGAAAAAGGUGAAAGCUUCUUCACAUUGGCCAGAGAUAUGACACUUAAGUCCAGAAAAGCUAUGGUGCAGCCUGUUUGUGUGGAUAUCGGAAACCAAUCAGAAUAUCCAGAAUUAGAAGCCGUGUCCAAGAUCGAUUUCUGUGCAGCAAUGAAAGUUUUCCUAGCAAAGAAGCUGACAUCUGGGCUUUCACAGGUAACAGCUGAUGUGGAAGGGACAUCUGUGAUCAUCGGCGAGAGGAACAGAGCUGCUACAGAGGCGCUACGAAGAGCCAUUGAUGGAGGCAACAAGAAGAUUGCGAUCCUGUACGGUGUAGGGCACAUGCCGGACUUGGGACGAAGGCUGCGGGAGGAGUUCGAUCUCGUCCCUUCCCAGGUACAGUGGAUAACGGCGUGGUCCAUAAAGAAUAGGAAUCUCACAAGCAGCUCUCUCCCAUUCCUUAAGAAAAUAGCUGAAAUCUUUCAGUGGCCAUUAAAUAGAUAACAAACUCUAGCGUUGCGCAUAUUAUCUUCACUUCUUGCAUUGGAUCUCUGGUUUUGGGAACUCUUUUUUCGCACCACUGUAAAUUGGGUGUCGAAUUGGCUUUGGAUUUGAUUCAUUGUGUUGAUAACAGCCAAUUCAUGUGAUUUGGAAUCUUGUAAAUUCAGUGCUGAUUGUACUGAUAUUGUGUGCAUUCAUGGAAUACAGUACUCUCUUAGGGUGAAACUUUCAAAUUGAAUGGAA